UUUUUCAGAUUAUUCAAUGGCUGCGGGUAUCUUAGGCAGCCAUGAAAAGUCGUCUUCAGCUUCGGGAGAAGUAGAGGCGAGUUUUCCUGAACUUGACACGAGUUUUCAAGAAACUAAUGGCGAAGUCAAUGUACAAUCAGACCAACAAUCGGAAAGUGAGGCUUUCCGCAACUGUGCACUGGGCGUGAAACGGUUCUACUGCGAUGAAUGUGAAUUUGCGUCCUUCUUUGAGCAAACGCUUCUAGAUCAUAGAAUAAGUGACCAUGAGGGUGGGCUUGCACAUCUGUGUCAGAGAUGUGACCGAAGAUUCAAAGAGUUGCAAGACGUAGAACACCACAUACUUGUAGAGCAUCUGCACCCAUCUGCUUACUGGAAGAACCACAGAACAGGAGUGAGUUUCGUCAAGCGGAAGAAUUUCAGAUGCGACGAAUGUGGCAGUCGAUUCAACCAGAGGUGGCUUCUCAACAAACACAAAAAGCUACACAAACUGCAGCGGCAGUGCGUAUGUGUCGUCUGUGAGCUAUCAUUUCCAAACGAGUCGCUGCUGGCCGACCACGCGAGAGAAGUGCAUUCCGGUUAUACUUCGUUGCCCUCAGACAGUGGAAAUGGCAAAUAUUUCUUCUGCAGAUGGUGCAGACGCAAAUUCAAUUCCGAAAAUGGGAGGAGCAAACAUGAGAGAUGCUGCAGAGUAGUGAAAACAGUUGAAUAUAAAGCAGAUAUGUCCCGCGUUGACGAGGAGAACGAUGAUGAUUUUCUGGACCACUUGCUAGCAGAAACAUCAAUGUCCAUGCCAUUCUCAGGGCAGCAACUGGAGUUCGACUGGGAUGACAAUGAACAGAAUGGACCCAACAAGUUCAACAUCAAAACAACUGAAUUCCUGCCUCCAAUGCCUACCGAACCUGGGAAUGGCCAUAACCCAGUGUGUAACUUCUGUGACGAAGUGUUUGAGCACGAGCAAUACCUCAAGGACCACGUGGAAGAAAUGCAUCAAGUGAAAGAAAGCGUGAACAUGCCUCGUUUUCCAAUGAUGUACUCCUCGGAUAAUCACCGCAAUCGCAUGAAUGGAGGAGGAGACGCUUUCAAAUACAGUGCAAAUGGAGACACUUUAGAAGAUGGCAGUCACAUGUCAGUGUCAGACAUGAAGACCGACGACAUCUCAUUCGACCACGAAGACAUCCUAUCGAGUCUCUCUGAUUUACCCAAUCAUCAGUUGGACACUACACACAAUUCCAUGGCUUGUUCAGAAGUGUCUUCAGCUGUUCUGAUGGCCCCUCCCAAAAAGCCGCGUUUGACUGAAACAACCUCCAAGUCUGCUCCUCAAUCUUCAGGUCCAUUGAGGAGAAACAGGUGCUUGAUUUGCAUGCAGUUUUUCGAUAGCUUCGGGGAUCUGAAAAAACACGUGUCUGACGUACACAAGCCGAAAGCCAAAAAAUCCAGAGAGCCUCCAUUGCCCAAACGCAAUCAGCCGAAAAAGUGUCUAAUUUGCAAGCUAAUGCUACCAGACAUCGAAUCACUCAAGUCACAUGUGUCAGCUCUUCAUUCAAAUCACAACACGCACCAGAAUGCCUCUUCCUACGACGCACCGGAGUUGGUUGAGACUGAGGAUUUGCCUGAAAAUAACUUGGAUGACUCAUCUGUUAACGUGGUUGUUACAGAUGAAACGGACUUUCCAGACUUCAGUGAGUUCGAGUCAGCAAAUCUUAACACCAGUAUUGAAGUUACACACAGCGAACAAGCUAGUCCAUCGGAAGUUAAGCGAACUCCCAGCGGGAAAGAUAAGCAGUCGACUUUCAAGUGCAAAGAGUGCAACCGAAGCUUCAAGUACAAGUGGAAUUAUGACAAAGAUCAGGAGAUGCAUAGAAAGCAGGCCGAGAAAUCAAAAAAAUCUGUGCUGAAAGCGUCCGGCAAAAGUUGGAUGUUAGAUUGUCCCCAUUGCUCGGAAACAUUCGUGGACAAAAUAGCGAGAAUUCAACAUAUUAAGAAAGCCCACGAAGCUCAACCGAAACACGUUUGUGAUCAAUGCGGAGAUGAGUUUCCAAGACGCCAUUUGUUGAUUAGUCACGUGGAAACGGAGCAUUUCUCAACCUAAUUUGUGCUUUCCUUAAUUUGAUUUUUGUACAAAUUUCUGUGUAGAUUAGUUUUGAUACCUUGUUUGUCUGUUGAGGCUGUAAUUUGGUCUUGAAAAGAAAAACUUCACUGAGCAAUCCUAAAUUGUUUUUUAUAAGAGUCGACGAACGUAGUUCAGACUCUUAUAUAGAUCGU